GAUCGUCUUGCCGAAUGGUCAAGUCGCGCCUUUUCAAAUCUGUAUCACGUCACAGACGCGCCGGCAUCGUGGCCUCCUUUAAAAAACGGAAGCGAAGGAGAAAGGAUUUUUCUGAAAUUUGAAAAUUUAAGGAACAAAGAACUACCGGAAAUCGGCAAAUAUCGUGCCGAAAUUUGGGCGAAAAAUAUAGACGAAAGAUCGAGGGACGCGGUUCACCGAUCUCUCGAUCCUUGACGCCAUAUUUCGGUGACAGGGGCGCGUUGAAAUCGGCAAUAAAUCGAAAGAAAACCACCCGAAAGUGCGCUGGGAAAUCGCGGCCGCGGUAAAUGGUAUCGGGAAUCGGUUGGAGUUGAGUGAAAAUCGCCACCUGAGGUGCAAAGAUCGAUCGCCAUUGGCGAAAAAUGUGGACAUUUCUGCUUCGCUGUUACGUGUCAAUAACGUCGAUCUGAGCACGGAGGCGGUUGAUUUUGGUGUGAUUUAAAAGAAAAAACUGAAACUUUUGCACGUACGUGGAUGAGAGAAAAUAGCGUAAAUAAUAGAGCGACCAUCCCUCGUCGAUCACCGAGCGCCCCAGUGGAUGCGGCGGAGUCUAAAUCACCCCAAGAGGAUUAAGCGACGCCGAAAAAGCGACGCUCCUGCGACAGAAGGACCUGCGAGAGAUGAGCUUCGCUUUGCUGGUGGCUGGAGCAUACGCCCUUGCCACACUAAGGCGGUAUUCCGUGGCGCAAACGGCCACUCUAACGACCUUCGCGUUGUUCCUGACCUCGAGCCUGACGCCACUUUCGGCAGCCCCAGCAGGCCUCGGCCACGCUGAGAUGCGGGAGGAGCCCUGGAUCCACUCCUGUGGUGCACCGGUCACCGACAGUCCGAACCAAAGACACAACCUCUACCGGACCCUGAAGCGGGUCCACACGCAGUUCAAAGUGGCCUGGGAUUACUUCCACGCGAAGAACGACAUCGCGCAGAUAUACUCGAAGGUGACCAAAGAAUUGAAGACCCAGUAUAGCCUCCCCUGGCUACCGAAGGGACAGCUUGAAUGGUAUCACAAAGAGGCUUGGUGCCUCGAGAAGGCGAAGAAGGCUCAGAUCGCGCUCCCCAAACUGCACGACACCCUUCAGAGAUUCGCCAUCACCUUUUAUCACCUCAAGUCCUUCGAGCUGGACUCCCAUUUCAACACAAACGCCAGGGGGAAGAGAAACAAAAUCAUCGAGGCCAUGUACCACAAUAUUAUCAGAAUGCUCUGCGAAGUGGAGACGGCGAUAGUCAUCCUUGGUAUCGAGUUGCCGUCCUCCUACGAGGCGGCGAUAGUCACCGAGAGUCCGGACUGGACGGAAAAGGGCGACUUCACGCGAAUGCUGGUGCAAGACAGCGGCGUGAUCCAACUUUACAAGGGGUUCCUGAGGGAUUGGAUCGUGGCGUUCUCGAACCUGGCUGCAACGCUGAAGGACACGAAAGUCUGUGAUCCGUUGAACCCUCCACCCCUGGAAACAAUCAGGAGGAGGAAUAAACAGGGGAAGAAGGGGAAGAACGUCAGGGUGCAGAAGCCGGGUCGUCGGAACAGACGUCCCGGUCAAGGCCGAGGGCAGAGAAGGGGUUCCCGGAGGAAGUUGACCGGGAACAAACAGAGGAAAACUGAGUAAAUUUUCCUCCUCCCGCUUCUUCUUCUUCCUUAUCCUCGUCCUGUUCUUCGCCUUUUUAUUUUUCUCGUUCUUCUUACAAGACACCUCGCUAAGUACGUGACGACACGAAUUCGUGCGAGGAAAUUUAAUUCUGGCGGGAAGAUGGACGUGUUAAAAUAUUUUCGUUCGCGGAACAAUUAUGAUCGUAAAUUAUUCUCACCGCGAUAUAAGACUACGAAUUUCACUUAUUUUCGCCAAUUAUUUAUUUCAUUUUAACUUAUAACCGAUCAUUUUAUGAUAAAAUUAUCACAACUAGCUUAACGAUUUUCAAUCCUCAGUCCUGACCAGAAGGGAGUUACUCUUCUACCUCUUUUUUCUUUUUAUUCCUUCGAAACGUUGUUUUCAAUAGAAUAGAAACGAAAACGAAGAAAACAAAGAAAAAAAUAAACAAAAACCCCAGGACUAGAGACCAGUAUUACGAGAUCUACUUCAAAGUGAAACAGUAUUAAUGUACUUAUUGAAUGACAAUUAGUACGGUAAAUAAUAUAGUAAUGAUAUUAAUGGUUCCAGACAUUUCAGUCAGCGAAUUUGAAUACAUCUUCAAAAAUAUAGGCGGAUUUAUCAAUAAUAGCAUUAAAAGUGACGUGCCAAUUAUCAACUAGGUGUAAGAUUAAAUAUUGAUUUAUUAAUCUGUCCUAAAUUCGUCAUGACUUGUGCUGUAACGCGGCUUCUGCGUUACCGGUAAAAAAAAAAAUUUUUUUAUUUUGCUGAAUUCUCAUUUAUAGAGCGUAGAUUGAUAUCGUUGUAUAUAUUUUAGAUUGUAAAACUAUUUAUUCAAGCCCUAGCUUUAAACUAAGCGAUGCUUAAAUUAGUAAGCUGUGAUAUCAGAACGUACGUGAACGUACAAAGUUCCUACGUUUUAUACGUAUAUAGAAAAUGUCAAUAACACUGUAAUGUAAUUCUUCAUGUUUCUCGUCGUUCAUCUGAACAGAAAUUGAAAACUCCUGUUCCAUCAUUUUUCCAAUCACCAAGGACACAAAUCUCAAAUCGUUCAAUGCAUUACAAUAUAUUCUAAAUAGACACUUAAUUAUUCACCUAAAUCGGUACUUACUCACCGAAGCCUUUUAAAUACCAAACUAAGCGUACAAUUCCUUAUUAUUUGAUUAAAUUAAUCGAAAGCAAAUUUAUUGCUACUGCAAAGAUAAAAGUGCAAUUUAGAAAAAGAAUUUAGAUAUUCAAAUUCGACAGAUGUAAACCGCUAGAUUUGUUUUUAAAAAAUAGUGAUUUUAGGCCUUAGAAAAGUCUCACAAUUGUGCCUUAACGAACGUCCGACAAAACAAAUGGAUCUAUCAACCUAGGAUAAAAAUUAUGUAUACGCUCAAAAGUCGUUAAGCAGUUAGAGAUAUUUUCAUACACCCCCUCAAUGUACGUGUAAUAUACAUCAAUUUCCAAUGUAUACAUAAUAAUACUUUGCGUAAUUCGUAAUGUACUUAUAGCAAUUACUAUUGUAACAAUAUUUCUUCGUACAUAAUAUUUUAUAAAUCUAGAACCACUUUAAUCGCUACCGACUUGAUGUACUAUAUAAGUAUUUAUACGAAUUAUUAUUCUAACUAUUAUUAUUAUUUUAAAUUUUUUACAAUACCAAGUAUUUCGUCACAUAUAUUUAUUGGGCCUGAAAACUUACGUAACACAUACGUCUAUAAUUAUUACUUAUUUAUUAUGCAUAUAUCACGUUACCAUCGCAUAUAUUUAUUUUCAUUCCUUUACAUUAUUAUACAAUGAUUUUUUAUCAUAUUUUUC